ACGCAGCUGGAACUGUCGUUCGUGACAAGCGAAUUCAACGAACAGUUUGUAGGAGCCACAGCUAGGGUUCGUGUUUCGUUCUGUGUUGUAGUUCAGUGUUUGCAUUCUUCCACAAUCGUGAAAAAUCGUAUUAUUAAACUGUAAAUCCUCGUGUUCUAUUACAUUAAAUGACUAUUUAAACACAAUUAAAGUAAAAAUAAAUCGUGGUUUUAUCAUAUGGAUUGAUAGGAAGGAAGGAAGGAAGAGGUCAAGAUCAUACAGGACAAUGUAUUGUGAAUUAUGGAAAAUAACAGCCGGCUAAAUGGUGCCGGUCGGAUCUUGAUCUUCAUUUUAGUGUCGUUUCCUGUUUUUGGAACGAGUCAUACGCGUCACGGUGACGGUACUCUUGUUUUACGUGCUCCUGUAGGAUGUUCUCAUCCAAAUUCGACAUUUUUAAUAUGUCGAAACAAGCACUUGAAGGGUUUUCAACCGAAUCCGAACGUGGCCCGUGUCAGUUUCGAAAAUGUCACAGGCGAACACUUCGACGCAAAAAACAUACAACACCUCCGAUGGACUAACAGCGGAAUCAUUGAUAUCAAGAAAGCAAUCGCCAAUCCACAAUCGCUAAUAACUUUAGACCUAACUCACAACAAUGUAACAAAACUACAAGACUACUAUUUCCAGCAGUAUAUUAGCUUAAAAGAAAUGAAUUUGUCAUAUAAUGCAAUCGACGAUCUUCCCAGAUACGUUUUCGUCAAUCAAUCUUUAAGAAUCCUCGCAUUGUCACACAAUUCGUUACAAGCAAUACCUUUCCAAGUAUUCGCCCCAAUGCAACGAUUGCAAAUUUUGGACAUUUCGUACAAUCAAAUCGUGGCCAUUCUCGACCAUUUCUUCAAAUUCAACAAACACAUCGAAUUGUUAGCACUAAAUAACAAUAAAAUCGCCAAAUUGACGUCGAACGCUUUAGCUGAUUUAUUUGAUCUCAAAACAUUGGAUCUAUCACACAAUUCGAUUAAGUACAUAUCGAAAGGACUCUUCGACUCACUUACAAACCUGAAGUACUUAAAUCUCGCGAGCAACCCUCUUACGAACAUCCCAAGUGGUACUUUUCGCGGCUUGAUGAACCUCCGCGAAUUAAAUUUGAGCGGCAAUAAACUCAUGCAUUUCACCUUUGGAUUACUACACUUUAGUCCUGAACUAACAUCUCUGACACUUGACGAUACCCACAUUGAGGAACUUCACAACAGUGAACUCCUUGGUAUUUCAAAACUUGAAACACUUCGGAUCAGAAACAACAAACAAUUGCGGGAAAUUGAAAACUACGUUUUCGCAGACAUUCCUCGAGUUACGGAGCUCGACAUCAGCGGAAACGCUCUUACUUUCUUGCCCAUAUCUCUUGCCAACCUUACAAUGUUGAAACGACUCAACAUUUCGGAUAAUCCUUGGGCUUGUGACUGUCGAAUGUAUUGGUUUGCACCGUGGGCCGAGGAAAAGAGACAUCACGAUCUGAUUCUAUCGGAUUUGAGUUGCGGACCUUACGCCUAUCCCAACGAUAUGCUUCCGACUUUGUAUCACCUCAACUGUACCGGUCCUCGUCUUAAUUUCAAAACUCCAACAAAACAAUAUCGUCUCAAAUCGGACGCGUUACUCGAGUGUCGCUACUCCGCGAAUCCUCCGCCUUCCAUCACAUGGGUCACUCCCAGUAGGGAAGUGUUCCAUUGGAACCCGGACCCCGCCAUCCCUGACAUCUUUGAGAAACAUGCUCAUGCUCACGACUCAUUCAUGAUACCGAUUCGAGUGAUUCCUCCUCGGAUUCAAGUUUUGGACAACGGAACUCUUCUGAUUAAAAACGUGACGCGCAGUGACUGCGGACGGUACACGUGUUACGCAAGUAACCCCAUCGCCAAUUUAACAGAAAACGUGCUUCUUCAUAUAGACCCCACCGACUGGAAUAACGUCCGGAUUAUGAGUCUUAUCGUGGGAUUGCAAUGUGCGACGGCUUUCCUCGCUCUCACACUCUUCAUCCAACUUAUACGUUAUUUGAUUAGAAGGUUCGGUAUUUUCAACAAUUUUUGCAGCUUUUGCAAGCGCGAUCGCGUGUCACCACGGGCACGUCAAAUCUAUGCCAUGCUCGAUAACAUCGAACAAUACAAAUCUCAACAAUUGGAAAGACUUAGAGACAAUUAUACUCAGCAGGUUAAUAGGAUCAAAGAGAAUUGCGCCCAGCAGAUGGAAUGGAUCCAAAACAGCUACCAAACUCAGACUAAACAUCUUAAAGAUUUUCGCGACAUCGGAUCGCAACACUUGUCGACUCUACGAGGCCAGUAUUGUGACCAGGUUAAAAAAGUCAGAGACUAUUCGACCACGCAACUCAAUUGGGUUAGAGAAAACUAUAUUUUCCAAAGAAACAAAAUAAGGAAAUUCAGUGCGCAUAAAGUACUUCAGUUGAGAGAAACCUACAAGUACCAACAGCAAAACAUCAACAAAGUUUUGGAAAAUCUUCCGAGUUUAUAUUUCGAAAAUUGUCGAGCUGGUACCUGCGGAAGGGCGGAAUCUCUCGUCUUCGAUCCGAACGACGUCGAAAGCAUCGACGUGUAUUUGAAAGCCAAGAUUGAAAAACUCGCCAAUUUGGAAGAGCUGACAAACACGGAUGUUACGCAAAGCCGCCAAUCGUUGUAUUACACGCCUACGGAACGAUCUUUGGGUUCGAGGAUACUUUCGCCGGGAGACCCGUCUAUUGAAGUCUUCAUAAAUCAUAUAAGUGACAAACCAAUGGGGUUACCAUUCUUCGAUGCAGGUUCGACUUCACACGAAACUAUUACGUCCAAUGGCACUAAUAGGAGUAGUCUCAAGACGUCACAUAGUACCGAGGAAUUGUUGAUGAAGAACAAUUCUUGUGAUAUACAGUUGAGCACGAGUCUACCAGAGUUGUCGGUCGGGGACGUCGUUGACGAUACAAGCAAACGGCAUGAAACGGCUUUAUAGACUCGCCGCCGCCUAGUUAAAUCAACUGCUGUGAUAAAGUGAGUACGCUAUCACAGUGUAGAGUCCGCUCCAUUAGUGCCAAUCUAUAGGAAGCUGUAUUUUUUUUAUUUUCAUUUUCGUGGCCAAAACAAAGAACGAAAAUUUGAGCCGUUUUUAUUUUCUGUUUAUACAACUGUUUAAAUGGAGAAUACACUAGACUCAGUAUACCGAAGAACUAGCUAGUCAAGAAUAAAAAAAGACUGACAAUUCUUCAAGGAAAAAGUCGCGCCGCGUUCUUGUUUCUGGAAAAUAAUUUGCCGCUUUACGAAUAACUUUUCUUUUUCUAAUUUCAUAAUUUUAAGGAACAUUUUAACGAAGUAUAAAUUAGGUUUUAUUAUAGCGCCAUGUACAUUUUUAAUUUUUUAGCUGUGAAACUGUAAUUAAGAAUCAUCUCAUUAUGUAAUGUUUUGAUAGUGUAACUAUAGAAAGUUACUAUUUAUAUACCUAGAUAAACGACAUUCGGUGUUUUGAGUCCUAGAUAUUGUUUAUCCACAUCUGCUGAUGAUUUCUACACUGGUAUAGGGAACGUUUUUUUAUAAGCGGGUACCAAUUAAGAUACAACUAUUUUUAUUAUCGAAAUGUUAUUGUGAUUUCAUUAAGUGUUAAAACUAGCAUGUAUUUGCUAUCUAUUAAUAAAAUAUUCUAAGAACUGUAA